AUGGAAAAUCCCUUUGGCUCCCUGGAGACAAACAACUUCCACCCUUUUACUCCCGAAUCUUUGGCUGCUAUUGAAAGGCGGAUUGAGGAGGAGAAACUUCAGAACAAGUUGAAGAAGGAACAUGAGGGGGAGGAGGAGAAAGACUCAAAGGCCAAAGAAGAGAAGCCCCGGCCCCAGCUGGACCUAAAGGCCUGCAACCAGCUGCCCAAGUUCUAUGGAGACCUUCCCCCAGAACUGGUGGGGGAGCCCCUGGAGGACCUGGACCCUUUUUACAAAAAUCACAAGACAUUUAUUGUGCUAAACAAAGGGCGGACAAUCUUCCGGUUCAGUGCGACCUGGGCUUUGGGGUUACUCAGUCCUUUCCAUCCCAUCAGGAGAACCGCCAUCAAAGUAUCGGUCCAUUCCCUGUUCAGUUUCUUCAUCAUGAUGACAAUUGUGGUCAACUGUGUGUUCAUGACCAAGACGGAAACUCCACCGGCUGUUGAGUAUGUCUUCACAGGCAUUUACACAUUUGAAUCUUUAAUAAAAAUAUUGGCUCGAGGAUUUUGUCUGAAUGAAUUCACCUACCUUCGAGAUCCAUGGAAUUGGCUGGAUUUUUGUGUGAUUUCCCUGGCGUAUAUUGCUGAAGUUACAGAUCUACGAGGGGUUUCAGCUCUAAGAACUUUCAGAGUAUUCCGGGCUCUGAAAACAGUUUCGGUGAUCCCAGGCUUAAAGGUGAUCGUGGGUGCCCUAAUCCACUCUGUGAAGAAGCUGGCGGAUGUGAUGGUGCUGACACUCUUCUGCCUGAGCGUCUUCGCCCUCGUAGCCUUGCAGCUCUUUAAGGGGAAUCUCAGGCACAAAUGCACUAAGAACUGUACAUUUUUUAACACGACCAAGAACUUUCUCUCUCAUAAAAAGUCAGAUUACUUGAUGUUAAAGCCUGGCACAAAAGAUCACCUACUCUGUGGCAAUGGCUCUGAAGUAGGGAGCUGUCCCAAAGGCUAUUUCUGCCUAAAGAUAGGAGACAAUCCAGAUUAUAACUACACCAGUUUUGACAACUUUGGCUUGGCUUUCCUGGCUCUGUUCCGCUUGAUGACACAGGAUUACUGGGAGCGGCUCUACCAGCAGACCUUGAGAGCAUCUGGGAAAAUUUACAUGCUUUUUUUCGUGCUUGUCAUUUUUCUGGGGUCCUUCUAUCUGGUCAAUUUGAUCCUGGCAGUUGUGACUAUGGCUUAUGAAGAGCAGAAUGAAGCCACGAUGGCUGAAGUAGAAGCAAAGGAAAAGAAGUUUCAGGAGGCCCUUGAGAUGCUGAAAAAAGAGCAAGAGGUCCUGGCUGCCAUGGGAAUUGACACAAGCUCGCUUCUUUCCUUUGAAACGUCUCCUCGAGCCUUCAAAAAUGACAAAGAAAGAAGAAAUAAGAGGAAUCAAAUGAAAUCUGAGGACUCCAUAGAAGAUACCAGCUACCCUCACCAGAGGAAGAUGGUAACAGAAGCCAGAAAGAAGAACACCCUGGCAGCCCACACCUUGUCUGCAGAGUAUUGCGAUGAACCAUUCCGAGUGAAAAGGGCAGUGAGUGUAGUCAGUAUCAUUACCUCUGUCCUUGAGGAACUUGAAGAAUCUGAGCAGAGGUGCCCCCCUUGUUGGAUCCGCUUUGCUCGGAAGUAUCUGAUUUGGGAAUGCUGUGAGACCUGGCUGAAAUUCAAGGAUCUGAUAGCAAAGAUCGUGAUGGACCCUUUCACGGAGCUCAUCGUCACCCUCUGCAUUGUGGCCAACACUCUGUUCAUGUCCAUGGAGCACUAUAACAUGACCCCAUCCUUUUCUUGGAUGCUCCAAACAGGCAAUAUAUUCUUCACGGUGAUUUUCACUGCCGAGAUGGUGCUCAAGAUCAUUGCCUUCCAUCCCUACUAUUACUUCCAAAGGAGCUGGAAUAUCUUUGACAGCGUCAUUGUCACCUUGAGCCUGGUGGAGCUGGGCCUGCCCCAAAAAGCGAGCUUGUCGGUGCUCCGCUCCUUCAGAUUGCUGAGGGUCUUCAAGCUGGCCAAGUCCUGGCCGACUCUGAACAAUCUCAUCAAGAUCAUCGGCAACUCUGUGGGAGCCUUGGGCAACCUCACCCUGAUCCUGGCCAUCAUCGUCUUCAUCUUCGCAGUGGUCGGAAAGCAGCUGUUCGGAGACAACUACGAGCGGCUGCGUAGUGACGAGACGGGGCAGCUGCCUCGCUGGCACAUGCACGAUUUCUUCCACUCUUUCCUCAUCGUGUUCCGGAUCCUCUGUGGGGAAUGGAUAGAGACCAUGUGGGACUGUAUGCAAGUGAACGGGCCCUACAUGUGUCUUGUCGUCUUCUUGAUGGUGAUGAUGCUGGGGAACCUGGUGGUCCUCAACUUGUUCAUUGCUUUGCUACUGAAUUCUUUCAGUGCCGACAAUUUAGCCUCUGAAGAUGAUGGGGAGCUGAACAAUCUCCAGAUAGCCCUGGCCCGAAUCCAGAAGUUUGCGCAUCUUGUAGGGCAGGCCAUUCGGGACUUUUGGGGCAGAAAGUUCUGGACUUCGAAGGCCAAAGAGGAGAAACAGAAACAGAUGGUGAAAAUGGCCCUUUCAGAAUCACGGGCCCCUAACCACAUGACCACCCAACUUCUCACCAGUGUUGGGAGGGUCAAAGAUAACCCAGCUCCCAAUGGGCCGGCCUUGGAGUUGGCCAUGUGCCCUGUUAAUGAACCUGGGAACUUCACGAUCAAUAGCAACUUGGAGAUCUCAGUUCCUAUAGCUACAGCAGAAUCUGAUCUUGAAGAUGAUGAUGAUGAUGAUGAGCCAAAUGCGGCGUUAGAAAUGGCUCCUCCAAAACAGAAAGGAGAUGUCUCGAGUUGCUCUGAAGGCAGCACUGUGGACAUCCCUGAUCCAGAGAUAAUUCUAAAGAAAAUCACAGAUCUCAGUGAGAGCUUGGAGGAACCUGCAGAUUGCUUCACAGAGGACUGCAUUCGGCGCUGUCCAUGCUGUGCAGUGGACACAGGAAGGCCUCCUGGAUCUUUCUUCUGGAACCUGAGAAAAACCUGCUACCAUAUUGUGGAACACAACUGGUUUGAGAGUUUUAUCAUUUUCAUGAUUCUGCUGAGCAGUGGAGCCUUGGCUUUCGAAGAUGUUUAUCUGGAAAGCAGGCCCACAUUGAAAGCUAUCCUCGAGUUUGCUGACAUGGUGUUCACUUACAUCUUUAUCCUCGAGAUGCUGCUGAAGUGGGUGGCCUACGGCUUCAAGACCUACUUCACUAACGCCUGGUGCUGGCUGGACUUCCUCAUUGUGGAUGUUUCAAUGAUAAGCCUCAUAGCAAGUACUCUUGGCUACUCUGACAUUGGUCCCAUUAAAUCCCUCCGGACACUCCGGGCGCUGAGGCCCCUGAGAGCGCUGUCACGCUUUGAAGGCAUGAGGGUGGUUGUAGAUGCCCUGGUUGGUGCAAUCCCUUCCAUCAUGAAUGUCCUUCUGGUCUGUCUUAUCUUCUGGCUCAUCUUCAGCAUCAUGGGAGUGAAUCUGUUUUCAGGAAAAUUUGGCAGAUGCGUUAACCUCACUGUGGGAGACUUCUCCCCUGUGAAUGUGUCCAUCGCCAAUGACAAGGCCCAAUGUAAUAACCAGAGUGCUUCAGGUCUCUUCUGGGACACUGUGAAAGUCAACUUUAAUAAUGUGGGAAUAGGUUACCUUGCUCUUCUGCAGGUGGCAACAUUCAAAGGGUGGAUGGAUAUCAUGUAUGCUGCUGUGGAUUCCCGGAAGGUGAAGGAGCAGCCCCUGUGGGAGGCCAACCUUUACAUGUACCUGUAUUUUGUCAUCUUCAUCAUCUUCGGGGGUUUCUUCACACUGAACCUCUUCGUUGGAGUUAUAAUCGACAAUUUCAAUCAACAAAAGAAAAAGAUAAGUGGUCAAGAUAUAUUCAUGACCGAAGAACAAAAGAAAUAUUAUAACGCCAUGAAAAAACUGGGAUCCAAGAAGCCUCAAAAACCAAUCCCAAGACCACUGAAUAAAUACCAAGGCUUCGUGUUUGAUAUCGUGACCCGGCAAGCCUUUGAUGUGGCCAUCAUGGUUCUCAUCUGCCUUAAUAUGAUCACCAUGAUGGUGGAGACAGAUGACCAGAGUAAAGAGAAAACCAGAAUCCUUAACCGGAUCAAUCAGUUCUUCGUUGCCGUCUUCACAACAGAGUGUGUUCUGAAGGUGUUUGCUCUGAGACAUUACUACUUCAUCAAUGGGUGGAACAUAUUUGAUUUAAUUGUUGUGGUCCUCUCAAUCACAAGUUUGGUGUUUUCUGGCAUCAUGAAGUCACUGGAAAAUUAUUUUUCCCCGACGCUGUUCCGAGUCAUCCGCCUGGCCCGCAUCGGCCGCAUCCUGCGGCUGAUCCGAGCGGCCAAGGGGAUCCGCACGCUGCUCUUUGCCCUCAUGAUGUCCCUCCCCGCCCUCUUCAACAUCGGCCUGCUGCUCUUCCUGGUCAUGUUCAUCUACUCCAUCUUCGGCAUGGCCAACUUUGCCUACGUCAAGUGGGAGGCCGGGAUCGACGACAUGUUCAACUUCCAAACAUUCGCCAACAGCAUGCUCUGCCUCUUCCAGAUCACCACGUCGGCCGGCUGGGACGGGCUGCUCAGCCCCAUCCUCAACAGGGGGCAGCCAUAUUGUGACCCAGAUCUAAUACACUCCAAUAAAUCCAGAGGAAACUGCGGAAAUCCCACAAUCGGGAUCGCCUUCUUUGUCAGUUACAUCAUCGUCUCCUUCCUCAUCGUGGUCAACAUGUACAUCGCCGUCAUCCUUGAGAACUUCAACGUGGCCACGGAGGAGAGCACGGAGCCGCUGAGCGAGGACGACUUCGACAUGUUCUAUGAGACCUGGGAAAAGUUUGACCCGGAGGCCACACAGUUCAUUACGUUCUCAGCCCUCUCAGAUUUUGCAGAUGCUCUGACAGAACCCCUUCGCAUUCCAAAACCCAACCAGAAUACGCUCAUCCAGAUGGACCUGCCUUUGGUCACGGGGGACAAGAUCCACUGCUUAGACAUCUUGUUUGCCUUUACCAAGAGAGUGCUGGGAGAAUCUGGGGAUAUGGACACACUGAAAGCCCAAAUGGAGGAAAAGUUCAUGGCAGCUAAUCCUUCUAAAGAGUCCUAUGAACCAAUCGCAACAACUCUGAGAUCAAAACAGGAAAAUGUGUCCGCUUCCAUCAUUCAAAGGGCCUACAGAAAUUACCUCAUCCAGCAGUCCUUCCGACAGGUCCUCGAUGCACGUCCUAAUAAUUCUGGGGAACGGGUGUGUGAGAGGGCCACUGAAGAUGAAGGCUUGAUUGAAUUCAUGAUGAAGGAAAACAGCGGGCUUCCAGACAAGUCAGAAACGGCAUCGACCAUGUCCUUCCCCCCAUCUUAUGACAGUGUCACCAGAGGCCUCAGUGAGGAAGGACAGCUGGACACAUCCGAUACCGGCAUAAACGAGGAAGAUGCUGGCUAUGAGCAGCCGUCCCAGGUCGUGGACAAAGCCUCGUCAAUAUAGUACCCUGGACAGCUCCGAAAUCUGCUCUGCAGACUCGUACACAAUUCUUAAUGCACCCUUAGCUUUUUUUCCUGACCACAGAUGGCCCCUCAGGCUCAGCCCAUCUCUCAUAAAUGCAUGCCAGGGGCCAGGGGGAAGGAGGUCUGGGAAAGAGCAUAUAGAUAUAUCAGGACCACCAUCCCUAGUUGGGGAGAACUAACUGUUCUGCUGGAAGUCCCGAAGCCCCAACUUCAUUUAAAAAUCAAAACAAGGACAUUGCGUUUUCAUGUUCUUUUCUUCUUAAUUUUGGUAACUGAAACUGGAUUUCUUACAAUCCUGGAGAGGAUAAAGAGAGAAAAUCCACCCCUUGAACUUUAUUAAUUUUUUAUUUGACCUACCUGCCCUAAGACUCAAUCUUCAUCAUGGACAGGGUGGGAUACAGAUGUGAAUUCCAACAUCUCUAUAAAGAAUAAAGAACUUUAUUCUCCGAGCUUUGUCACUGAGACCACCAGGAGUUUCCUCCUCUCUCCUCUGACCUUUUUCUGCUGGGAAGACAAGAGGAGCAGAGACUCCGAAGGGGAAAACUCUCAGGAUCGGAAUGAUUACCAGCAUGUUGGAGUUCAGAGGCAGGCCAGCAAGCGUCACCUAUGGGGACCUGAGACCUUAGUUAAAACUUUGCAUGGCUGCAUGCUAGAGAUCCAGUGUCACCCCUCUGGC